AUGGUAAUGAACGACAUAACCAAGUCCGAUACACACGAGAGGAAGGAUGAGGUGACGAUGGACAAAGGCGGAAUGUUCAAUAAUUUCUUCGAAUGCAUGAAUGAGCAAAUGAAAAGAAUUGACAGAUACCACGAGGACAUGAGCAGAAUGAUGAAUUCAAUGAGAACUCAUUAUUUUAGUGAUGAGCUUUCCAAAUAUUUUCCCAGCAGGAGAUCCCUCUUAGAUUAUGAUUUAGGGGAUGCCAGAAGGAACGAUUUAUUUUUUGGAAAGCCUCAAUUUUUAAUGGAUAGAUUCAAAAAUGUUCCACCAAUGGACGUCGUUGAUAAGGACAAAGAGAUUGAGAUAAAAAUAGACGUUCCUGGAUUGAGCAAAGAUAAUGUACAGAUUAAUUUAUAUAACAGAAAUUUGGAAGUUAGUGGAGACUUUAAAAAAACAGAAGAGACGAGGGAUGAUGAACAGAGGUAUUAUGUCAAGGAAAGAUCACAGACUUCUUUUUAUAGGUCUUUUCAGCUCCCCGAAAAUGUGUGCGAAGACAAUAUUAAGGCCACCUUUAAGGAUGGGGUUUUAAAAAUUGACAUUCCGAAGAAGGAUGUACUUCCCGAGAAAAAAAAGAAAAUCGAAAUUCAGUGA